AUGCUCGGCACAGCGUUAGUCCACAUACGUGAUCAUUCCGGGACUUACCAGGUGGCGCGCGCUCUAAUCGACUCCGCAUCUCAUAUUAACGCAAUUUCACUUCCGUGUGCGAAGCGUUUAGGCUUCCGUUGGUCAAAUUGGACUGCUCCUAUUUCCGGUUUGGCUGGAGUGCCCGUACCUACCGUGCAAGGACGAGUUCAAUGUCACGUCGUUCCGCGCUUCGCUUCUGACCCAGCAUUAUCGUUCGAGUCAUGGGUUUUGCCGUCUAUAACCAGUGACCUCCCUCGACGUUCGUUGGAACCAUCUAUACGAGACAAGUUUUCACACUUGGCGUUAGCUGACCCAGACUUUAAUAUCGCGGCGCCGGUGGAUAUAUUAUUGGGCGCAGACCUGUUCUCGUCGAUCAUGGAUGGGCGUCAAGUUAUGGUUGACAAGUCAUUGCCAGCUGCGUUCAGUUCUUGCUUUGGUUGGAUCUUGAUCGGUUCCGUGUCGUCAUCUAACGUACCGGAAAUUCAAGAAGCUGCCGUGUCUUUACUAACAUCCGUAGAACAAUUGAUCGAACGUUUUUGGCACAUAGAAGAACCUGAUGUUGCCCCAUUGACGUUUACCGAUGCCGGGAAAUGCGAAAGUAUCUUCCGUGAGAAUCUUGUCCGUGACGAGUCGGGUCGUUUCGCAGUCCCACUGCCGUUCCGGGUGCCGUUGCACGACAAGUUAUUUCCAGGUUCCCGGGCGGUUGCUGCAAAACGGUUUGAGCGCCUCGAGCGGAAGCUGGGCUCCGACGUCCGAAUGCGAGCUAAAUACAACGAGUUUAUGUCCGAAUACGCAUCACUCGGACAUAUGUCGGUGGCGUCCUCUCCCGGCCAAUAUUUCAUUCCACAUCAUGCCGUGUGCGGUGCCGAUGAAAAAUUCCGGGUAGUUUUCGACGCGUCCGCUGCGGCUGCCGAUGGCACAUCUUUAAAUAUGUCAUUAUUCGCGGGGCCCAAGUUACAACAAGACAUUGUGGAUGUGCUCACGCGUUUUCGUUUGUUCCGACACGCGUUCACCACUGACAUCUGUAAAAUGUACCGGCAGAUUACUGUGCUCCCGCAAUACCGUACGUACCAGCACAUUUUUUGGCGCUCAUCUCCACACCAGGAACUUGUCGAGUACGAGCUGAAUACGGUAACUUAUGGCGUGAACUGCGCUCCUUUUCUCGCGCUACGUGUCCUGCAAGAGGUCGCCGAUGUCGAUUGCCAUAGUUUCGCGCACGCAUGUGAUGCAUUGCGCCACCAGACAUACGUGGACGAUAUUUGUUACGGCGCCGACACUGUGAAUGACGUGCUCAGUAUCCAGGCAGAAUUAACGUCUGUCCUCGCCGGCGCGGGUUUUGAGUUGCGAAAGUGGGCGAGCAACACUGCACCCGUGUUGCAGGCUGUUCCGGACGAAUUCCGGGUGAUCAAAUCUACGUCGUUCGCCGGUGAUGAAGGUGGUGAGACGAAAGUCCUCGGAUUGUCAUGGCACACCGGCGGCGACUAUUUUGGCUGCGAAGCUCACUUCGACUCGGCUCCAGUAUUUACCAAGCGCGGUAUGUUGUCUCUGACGGCACGAUUUUUCGACCCAUUAGGUUUAUUCGCGCCGUCAACCUUCCUUGCUAAGCACAUUAUGCAGCGCACUUGGCAGUCCACUUGUUCGUGGGAUCAACGUUUGCCUAUCGACAUUCACCAAGAUUGGGCACAAUUCGUUGCGGAACUGCCCGUCUUAGCAUCAGUGCACGUACCACGUUACUUCAAUACCAAAAUCGGAGCUCGGUGCUCGCUAUAUGGGUUUUGCGAUGCGUCGCAACGUGGGUACGCCGCGGUAGUAUUUUUGCGUGUGCAUGACGCCCCCCGCGAAUCGUCAAUCAUAUUGGUCGGUUCCAAGACAAAGUUAGCCCCGCUUAAACCGAUAUCCGUUCCGAGGCUCGAAUUAAAUGCAGCCGUGUUAUUAUCACGUUGGAUGAGUCGGGUACUAUCAUUACUAAAUACGCACCUCAAUAUCGUUGACAUGUGGGCUUGGACGGAUUCGUCAAUUGUAUUAUCAUGGCUAACCGUGCCCCAUGAUACGUUUAAACAAUAUGUGUCAAACCGCGUUCAUAGUGUGCAAACGUUGUUACCGAAUUGUCAAUGGCGACAUGUCACUUCGGAGAUGAACCCGGCGGAUUGUGCUUCUCGUGGGUUGAUGCCGUCCGAGUUGCCGCAUCAUCAGUUGUAUUGGUCAGGUCCUCCGUUCCUCCGUGACCCUUCACACGAAUGGGGGAGUGACAUACCACGUUUACCUGUCGCAGAGUUGCCCGAAGUGAAAUCUGUCUCACUGACAGUUUGUUUAACCGCCACCACAGUCGAAUGGUUCACGCGUUUUUCGUCAUAUGACGAACUUAUACGUGUUGUCGCGCGUGUUCGUCGGUUUAUUAAUAUUUGUCGACGACGUCCCGUCGAAAGCUCGACUGCGCUCACUAAAGCGGAGUUAGAUGGAGCGACUCGUGCAGUAAUCGCCGCGUCUCAACACACCACAUUUCCGUCAUUAUUCAUCGACUUGGAAAAACUACGUCAUAUAAAACAUCGGCCGUUAGCCCGCUUGUGCCCUUUCGUGGACUCUGAAGGUAUUAUUCGCGUUGGCGGCCGCUUACGUCACUCGGAGCUGCCAUAUGACCAUCGACAUCCAGUUUUAUUAGCCAAAGAAUCGCAUCUGGCCGUAUUGGUAUGUCGUCAUUGGCACAAGGUUACUGGCCAUUCUGGACCACGUAUAAUGACCGCUCUAAUACAUCGUAAAUAUUGGAUUGUGUCGUUACGGUCCGUGAUCCAUUCGGUUAUCAGCCAGUGCACGCGUUGUGUUCGUCUCCGCGCGACCGUACCUGUUCCUAUCAUGGCUGACUUACCCGAAUCGCGAGUGCUACAAUGUCGCCCGUUUUCACGCGUUGGCGUAGAUUACGCCGGCCCAAUACCUAUGCGGGAAAAUCGGUUACGGAAAUCACGAACGUACAAGGCGUACAUAGCUGUUUUUGUAUGUCUCGGUGUCAAAGCAGUCCACUUGGAACUCGUGUCAGACUUGUCGACCUCAGCCUUCCUCGCAGCUUUCGAUAGGUUCGUCGCUCGACGCGGUCUACCUACCACGGUCUAUUCCGAUUGCGGAACAAAUUUCGUCGGCGCUGACCGACAGUUGCGACAGUUAGUUAACAGCGCGACCGCUCAAGCGACCAUCACCUCUGCGAAGUCCUACUGCGAAUGGAAAUUUAACCCCCCGAGCGCGCCGCAUUUUGGUGGGUUGUGGGAGGCCGCAGUGCGAUCCGCGAAACGAUUAUUAUCCAGGAUUAUGGGCGCCCACAGCUUCACAUACGAAGAGUUCACAACCGUGUUAUGUCGGGUUGAGGCUGUGUUAAACUCUCGCCCACUCACUCCGGCGUCGACCGACCCUCAUGACCUCGAGAGUUUAUCGCCGGGCCAUUUUUUAAUAUGUCAACCGUUGUUAGCUCUACCACCGCGCACCUCCGAAUUUCCGGAACGCUCGCUGACCGACCGUUGGAAACUUUUAGAUCAUUGCCACCAAGCGUUCUGGCGCCGUUGGUCGACGGAGUAUUUACAAACGUUACAGGAACGUAACAAAUGGACUCACGGGCAAUCCAACAUCGAAAUAGGACAGAUGGUCACCAUAAGAGACAAUUUAGCUCCUCCACUCGAGUGGCGACUUGGACGGGUACUCGAAGUGCUACCCGGUAAGGAUGGUGUCGUAAGAGUCGCGCGCGUAUUAACCUCGCGCGGUGUGGUCACUCGUCCCGUCGUUAAGCUAGUCCUAUUGCCUGGUAACUGUACAGGUUCCCUUGUUUAA